AUGCAGGCCUUCAGCCGUAACACCGUCUCGGCUCUCCGCAACGUUGCUGGCCAGCAGCGCCGGUCCUACGCCAACAGCUCUGCCUAUGCCAGCACCGUGAACAACCUGCGCAUCAACAAGGACACCCGUGUUCUGUUCCAGGGUUUCACUGGAAAGCAGGGAACCUUCCACGCCGAGCAGGCUAUCGCCUACGGCACCAAUGUCGUCGGUGGUACCAACCCCAAGAAGGCCGGCUCUACUCACCUUGACCUCCCCGUCUUUGCCAAUGUCUCCGAUGCCGUGAAGCAGACUGGUGCUACCGCUUCCGCCAUUUUCGUCCCCCCCCCUCUCGCCGCCGCUGGUAUUGAGGAGGCCAUCGCCGCUGAGGUUGGCCUCGUUGUCUGCAUUACUGAGGGUAUUCCCCAGCACGACAUGGUCCGCAUCACCGAUAUCCUGAAGACCCAAAACAAGACUCGUCUGGUCGGCCCGAACUGCCCCGGUAUCAUCGCUCCCGGUCAAUGCAAGAUCGGUAUCAUGCCUGGUUUCAUCCACAAGCGCGGUCGUGUCGGUAUCGUCUCCCGUUCCGGUACCCUGACCUACGAGGCCGUCAACCAGACCACCCAGGCCGGCCUUGGUCAGUCCCUCGUCGUCGGUAUUGGUGGUGACCCCUUCUCCGGUACCAACUUCAUCGACUGCUUGAAGAUCUUCCUCGAGGACCCCGAGACCGAUGGUAUCAUCAUGAUCGGUGAGAUUGGUGGUUCCGCCGAGGAGGAUGCCGCCGAGUUCUUCAAGGCCAACAACAUCCACAACAAGCCCGCUGUUUCCUUCAUUGCCGGUAUCUCCGCUCCUCCCGGUCGCCGUAUGGGUCACGCCGGUGCCAUCGUCAGCGGUGGUAAGGGUGGUGCUGACUCCAAGAUCGCCGCUCUCGAGGAUGCUGGUGUCAUUGUCGAGCGCAGCCCUGCCUCUCUGGGUAAGGCUCUGCUUGCUGAGUUCGUCAAGCGCGACCUUGUCUAA